UACUCCAACAUUAAACUCUCCUUGUGUGAGGGGGAUGAAGCCAAUAGAUUUGGCUAAAUCGGACAAGAUUCGCUCUGUUCUGAGCAAAACCAAGAAAAGAUAAAUGAGGUCUGCUCUUCAACACAGCCCUUUCAUAUAUUUCCAUUCAUCUAAAUUAUAAUAUGUUGAUGUGUUUUUUCAUUAUUCAAGCUUGUUUUGAAGGCAGCUUGAUGAACCUGAACCUCUGUGUGGAAGAUUCCAUAUAUGACGAGUUCCCGAGAGAUAUUGAAGGUCGCCCAUCUGUGUGGUCGGUCGGCAACAAAUUCCUUACUCAUUUCUAGCGGCAUCUCCCGCAACAUUACAUAGUUUCUGUAAUCUGGAAUUCUUGUAAUAUGCAUUUUCUUCAAUUUGCCAAUAAUAAACAGAUGAUCAUAAGGGAGAGAAAAGGUCCCCUGUUUUGGAACGAUGCAGAUAUUAGAUGUCAAGAGUUGUGAUGGUAUGAAAUGAAAGGUAGAGAAAUGGUCACCUUCAUUAGAUGAAUUAUUAAAUGUGCAGGCCCAAUGUGACCUUUAACCUAAUGUUUCUCUAGGUUGUUUGAAAGUUGUGUAUGUGUUGUGUAUGUUAAAUCGUUAUAUUGUGAAGAAUCAUUACAAUAUAUAAUCUAUCUAUACAUAAUAUUAUGGCAAUUCAAAUAAUGUUGGAUGUACGAGUAUGAGUAUUACCCAUGGGUACCCGAAACCCACGGGUAUGGUGAUGGGUUUGCAAAACAUUCACCUGCAUGGGUAUGGGGCGGGUAUGAGUUUGGUAUUUAAUGAUGGGGAUGGGGAUGAGGAUGGUUUAGACAAACCCGCCCAAAACCCGCCCCAUUGCCAUCCCUACCCCUACCUGGAAGUUGAAAUAUUGGGCUGCAUUCUGAAGGUAGACAGUACUUUGAUGGGCCAUUGGGACUUUCUGGGCUUUGAUUAGAGCAAGGGCCUAGGAAGGAUAGGGCGCGCAAAGUCCCUAGUUCCCGCUAAUUUCAAGUCGUCUUCUUCUUCACCAAAUCUGCAAAGCCGAAAUUUAGUUGGGCGGAACGCGAGACAAGCAGUGAAAACCUAGGAUGGAUUCCGGCACCGGAGAAGGCUCGACGAGCUUCACUGACGAUUACGAAACGUUCAUUUCCACCACGGACGUCGAUCUACUGAAGCGAGCCUGGCGAAACGAGAAGGCUGCUCCCGAGAUUCUUCAGUACGAAGCUGCUCUGGUUCACCGCAUCAAAGAGCAAAUUGAAUUAGCGGAACAAAAUGUGGAGGCAUCUGAAGCAGACGGUGAAGAUCCCCUGACCAUGUCGCUUUACCAGAUGGACUUGGACAGAACCCAGUUUCUCUUGCGAUCGUAUCUUCGUGUCCGCCUCCAGAAGAUUGAGAAGUACAUCUUCCAUAUUCUGAAGACUGACGAGUCUCUUAACCGGCUCUCGGACGAGGAACAAACUUUUGCUGCUAGCUGCGGAGAUGAUCUGAGAGCUCAUCUCAAGGAGACGGUUCUAUCGAAACUGCCCACUGACUACAAUUCUGAGCUCAAGCAGUCUGCAGCAAGUGAAGAGGACGACAUGGUGCCGGCCCCACGACUCGAUUCAUUCGUAAUCUGCAAAGCAAGGCAGUAUAUUUCUGGACUUGACUUUGAGCCUGAAUACAGUCAUGAGAUAACAGAAAUGGAGCGGGAUCUGCUUACCUUUGUAUGCUACAAGUUCAUAAAGAAGCCUUUAGAGAACGGGAAGAUCGAUCUUGUUUGAGAUGAAGCAAAUAGCUUUGCACUGUCCCCAACUGAACUACUGGGGAAAGAGGAUAUGAUAAAGAAGAGGGGAGCAUAGUGGGCUUAGAGCGGUUUUCUUUUUGGGCUUUCUCCUCUGCCCUCCAAGUUUCCUUGAGACCUCAGGGGGGGAAAUGUGGCCCAUUGAAAAAAUAGAUUAGUUUGGUGAAUCGUAAGCACUAUUGGGCUCAUUCGUUAAUUUGGUCUUGUGGGCUUAAUUUAACUUUUGAGAUUUUCGUGGGAUUUGCUCACGUUUUCACACACAAAGCUAGAUUUUCACCUAAUCCUAUCAAUUAUUAGAGCAUAUGACAUACUUCUUCACCCACUACUCAUUAACCUCCAUUUACUUUAUAUAUAUUGUAGAAGUGGUGUGUGCGUGAAAAAGUAUGUUAUAUGUGAAUAUAAAUGAAUAAUGGAUAAUGUUGUGUGAAAAUUUUAUGGUCGUGCGCAUAAUUGGUAUGAUGUCCUUCAAUGGACAAUAUGUGUUAAUGUGUUAUCCUUAUUAUCAUAUAUAUAUAUAAUCCAAGAAGGAAAAGCAAGGAAAAAUGGGUUAAAGGACAUUUAGUAGCCACUAGAAGUGAUUAAGAGACAAUCAAACUAAUUAUGAAAGGAAUAUGAAACUCUAUCAAAAUCUCAUAUAAGCAAAACGACACAAAAUCGAACCAAAAACAUUAUGAAGGAUUCAAACUUCUUACUUAAGAGGUCCUUCUAGCACACAUAUUGUAUCUUUCGUCGACGAAUCACCGACAAUGUAUAUAAGUUUAUAUACAAUGUCGGUGAUUGAGUCUAGGGGUGGCUAUUUGGACGGGGACCUGAUUAAAAACCGGAAACCGGACCGUAUAACCCGGACCGAGACCGGACCGGGACCGGAUAGUAAACAGUCCAAUCCAAUCUUUGGGCUUAGAUUUGAGGUAAAAAACCGGAUAAAGACCGGAUAAGAGAGCUCAACACCCAAAAUUUAAGGGUAAUUUGCAUAAACGGUCACAAACCUUUGCACUUAGUACAAAAUUUAACCAACUCCUCACCCUUUAAGGCCUUAGGCCACUCAAAUCCCACAAUCUCAAUGUAAAAUCAAGACCGAAUUGGGACCGGACCGGAUCAAAACCGGACCGGAUCAAGACCGGACUGUAUCCAAUCCAAUCUUCGGUCCUUAUAUUUUCAAAAAGACCGGACCGGAUCAAUUUGAGCCAAUUUAACCGGACCGAACCACAUAGCCACCCUAAUUGAGUCUAUAUACAAUGUCGGUGAUUUUAAAAAGGGUUUCUACCUAGCGAGUCCACUUAAUUGGCGUCAUUGUUGCACAGGGACAAGUAAUAAUAACAUAAUCCACGACUUAAUGGGGUGGUUAAUUAACCACUUUACUUGCC